CCUAACCCAACACUAACCUGCUGCCGCUGCCGCUCUCGAUCCCGAUCCCGAUCGCGAUCUCGUCGCUCGCUGCCGCUGCUCCCGCUGCCGCUGCUCGCCGGUGUCGCUGCUCGCGCCUCCCGCGAGCCUUCCCGCUGCUCGCGCCUCCCGCAAGCCCUCUCGCUCCUCGCGCCUCCUGCGAGCCCUUCCGCUGCUCGCGCCUCUCGCGAGCCCUCUCGCCUCCUGUGAGCCCUCCCGCGAGCCUUCCCGCUGCUCGCGCCUUCCUCUCCCUUUCCCUUUCCCGCUGCCGCUGCCGCCACUCGCCGCCGCUGCUGCUGCCGCCGCUCGCCGCCGCUGCUGCUGCCGCCGCUCGCCGCUGCUGCUGCCGUCGCUCGCCGCUGCUGCUGCCGCCGCUCGCCGCUGCUGCUGCUGCUGCCGCCGCUCGCUGCUGCUGUUGCCGCCGCUCACCGCUACUGCCGCCGCCGCUGCUGCUGCCGCUCGCCGCUGCUUCCUCCUUUCUUCAUCAGGCUCAGUAUACUCUUAAUAUUAAGUUUAUUUGAAUUUUAAAAUGAUUAAUUUUCUGUUAAUAGAUUAAUAAUAUAUUAUUUUGAUUUUAAUGUUAUUAAUUUUUAUUUAUUUGAAAUUAUUGUUAGGUUUCAACAUAAAUGGCAAGUGCAGAAAGCAACUCAAUAGAGUCUCCAAUGGUAUCAAAAAAAGAUCCUGCGUGGAAGUAUAAUUAUUUGAAGGAUCCGAAAGAUCCUAAUACAGUGACUUGCAUAUUCUGCGAUAAGACUACCAGAGGUGGUAUUUUUCGUGUAAAACAACAUCUAGUAGGAAAUUUCAAGAAUGCAGCAGCUUGCAAAAAAUGUCCACCUGAGGUAAAAGAAGAGUUGCUGAAUUAUAUGAAUGAAAAGAAGACACAAAAGAAUGAAUCUUAUGGGAAUUUACCAGAAGACAAUGUUGAACAUAUCAGAGAUGAAGAAGAAGAUUAUUCUACGAGUAUUAACCCAAGUGAAAAAAGAGUAUACGACAAAAAGGGAAAAGAAGUUAUGAGUACUAAAAAAGGUAGAAAAGGACCGAUGGAUCUAUAUAUGCUUCAAGGAUCCCAGAAACAACAAGGGCAAGCAGGAGGCUCAAAAUUGAGACAAACAAAUAUAAGUGAUGCUUGUGAUAAAGAAAUAAGAGGAAGAACAAUUCAGCACAUUGCUCGCUUCUUCUAUCAGGCUGGUCUUCCCCUUAGUACAACUCGUUUAGACAGUUUUAAGGAUAUGAUUGAAGCUAUUGGAAGAUAUGGUGCAGGAUUAAAACCUCCAAGUUAUUAUGAGAUGCGAGUUCCAUUGCUGCAAAAAGAGUUGAAUUAUACAAAUGACUUACUAAAGGGUCAUAAAGAAUCAUGGGCAACACAUGGUUGCUCUAUUAUGUCAGAUGUUUGGACUGACAGGAGGCGCAAGAGUAUAAUUAAUUUUAUGGUUAAUUGUUCUUUAGGGACUAUGUUUGUGAAGUCAAUAGAUGCUUCAUCUUUUGUAAAAUCUGGAGACAAGAUAUAUGAUUUACUUGACAACUUCGUGGAAGAAAUUGGAGAACAAAAUAUCGUUCAAAUCAUAACCGACAAUGGAAGCAACUAUGUUUUAGCUGGUAAAUUGCUUGAAUCAAAAAGACAACACUUGUAUUGGACUCCAUGUGCAGCACAUUGUAUUGAUUUAAUGUUGGAAGAUAUUGGAAAGAUCUUAGCAAUCAAGAAAACCUUAGAAAGGGCAAUUUUUGUUGUUGGAUUUCUUUAUAAUCACAUUGGGGCUUUGAAUAUGAUGAGAGAAUUUACAGGGAAUAAAGAAUUAGUGAGACAUGGUGUUACCCGAUUUGCUACUUCAUUCUUGACAUUACAGAGCGUGCAUCGUCAAAAACAUACUCUGAGAAAUAUGUUUACCUCUGAGAAAUGGGUGACAAGCAAAUGGGCAAAAGAAGCAAAAGGCAAGAGGGCUGCUGAUAUCAUCUUAAUGCCAUCCUUUUGGAAUCAUAUAGUUUAUAUAUUAAAGGUAAUGGGCCCUCUUGUUCGAGUCCUUCGAUUGGUGGAUAAUGAAAAUAAGCCUGCAAUGGGAUAUAUUUAUGAGGCUAUGGAUAGAGCAAAGGAGACGAUUAAAAGAUCUUUUAAUGAAAAUGAAGAAAAAUAUGAGAAAAUUUUUACAAUCAUUGACGAAAGAUGGAAUUGUCAACUUCAUCGUCCCUUACAUGCAGUAGGAUAUUAUUUGAACCCUGAAUUCUUUUAUAAGAUUAAAUCUGUUGGAUUUGAUGCAGAAGUUUUGGGUGGGUUAUAUCAGUGUGUUGCAAGAUUAGUUCCCAGCAUUGAGGUUCAAGAUAAGAUUAUUCAUGAAUUAUCUUUAUAUAAAAAUGCUGAAGGUCUUUUUGGAAUUCCAAUUGUCGUUCGAUCCAGGACAACUACCUCUCCAGCUGAAUGGUGGAGUCUAUUUGGAAAUUCCACCCCGAACUUACAGAAAUUUGCUGUCAAAGUACUUAGUUUGACAUGUAGUGCUUCGGGUUGUGAGCGAAACUGGAGUGUCUUUGAGCAUAUUCACUCGAAGAGAAGAAAUCGGUUAGAACAUCAACGAUUGCACGAUCUUGUUUACAUAAAGUAUAAUCAAGCUUUGAAGACUCGUCAUGAUUUGAAAAAUAGAUUUGAUUCAAUCUCAUUGCAAGAUAUUGAUGAUUCAAAUGAGUGGUUAGUAGGAGAAAUGGGUGCUAACUUGCAAGAUGCUGAAGACGAGCUUGUAUUUGAAGAUGAUAGAUUAACGUGGGGAGAUGUGGCAAGAGCUUCAGGUGCUGGAGAAUUACAAACAUAUACAAGACAGAUGUCAAAGAGAAAAAUGAGUGCAAAAGCAUCAAGCCCGGCUCCUGCUAUUGUUGAAGACAUAGAGAAUGAAACAUAUCUUGAUGAAGAGGAAGGAAUCGAAGAACAAGAGGAAGAAGACGAAUUUAAUGAAGAUGAUUUGUGUGAAAAUGACGAUAAUAUUGAUUAUGAUGAAUGAUUUUGAUGUAAAAUGUUAAUGUUUUGAAUUUUGAAACUUUUUGUUAAUGUGACAUUGUGAUUUUGUAUCUUA